CUUUUCUCUUGUAGAAUGUCGGUUGUUACCAGCUAGCCCUGACGCACAAAGCAGAUGAAUUCGUCGUCGGUAUGCCACGAAAUUCCGGAUUGUCCCAGGCUCUUUGUCGAUGCGUUUCGAGGAGCCUACCUGCAAAAAACCCGAAAUCCGGACAACGUUUUCAUACUUUCUCACUGGCACGGGGAUCAUUAUGGCUCGCUACCCAGGGAUGGCAAAUAUCAGGGUCCGUCAUUGAUUCACUGUACGCCUACUACUGCAGCUCUUCUACGGGAGAUACACCAAGUACCUGAAAAGUACGUCGUAGAGCAUGGGUACGGAGAGACCUGGCUUUUCCAUCCUCUCGGUAAUACGAAGGGUCUCUCGACUGUUCAAAUAACGUUUUACGACGCCAAUCAUUGUCCCGGUGCUGCUAUAAUUGUCGUCGAGAUGGCCGACGGUAAGGUGCACCUCCACACAGGAGAUAUGCGCUAUCACACAAUGAUGAACGUGUAUCCUAUUCUUGAACGAGCAGCCAGCAGUCGUGCUAUCGACACAGUUCUUUUGGACACAACAUACUCCGACCCUAAACACAAUUUCCAACCUCAGGAAGCUGCAAUAGAUGCUAUCGCAGCGUACUCAGAAGGAUUACUCGGCACUUCCAGAAAAUGCUGUUCCAAUGUCCUCAUUCUUCUGUCUUGUUAUAGUAUCGGGAAAGAGAAGGUUCUAUGGGAGGUCUCUUCUCGGACGAAUCAGCUAGUUUAUGUGAACGAUCGCAAAAUGCGAAUGAUGCGCUGCAUUCAGAAACACCAUGAGAGUUCUAGCCAGAUUGUUCAGCGGUGCACGACUGACCCAAACGCAACGGAUAUCCACGUCAUUCCCAUGGGUCUUGCUGGAGAACUUUGGCCCUAUUUCCAACCAAACUAUUGGGCAUGCGCUGAAUACGCAAAAGCACUAGAAACGGAGUACACAAAGGUGGUUGCUUUUAUCCCGACUGGAUGGGCUGAUGGAUCGAAGUGGAACAAGAAAAACGCUACUUCAAAAUUUGACUGUAAAGGAAUUGAGGUCGAGAUACGACUAAUAAGUUAUUCCGAACAUUCAAGUUUCUCAGAGUUAAAAACAUUCGUGGAAUUUCUUCGCCCCCGCAAGGUUGUACCGACCGUUUUCAAAGAUGACAGAGACCGAGUAAAAAUCGAAGGUCGAUUUGCGAUUGAUUCAGGUCGGGCAAAGCAAUCUUUCUUCAGCACCAUGACAUCAAAGUCAUCAAACAUUGGCAAGCAGGUAUUGCCUGGCGCAGCGACACGACUAGACCCGUUUCCGAAACGGCCGAAAUUGAAUAUGAGUCGCUCCUCGCCUCUGAAACAGAAAGAAGGGCACGUCGAAAAAUUAGCAUCGAUGAGAUUGAUGGGAUUCAGUGCGGAUGCUGCAAACGGGGCACUAGUCGAAAGUAAGGGAAACAUCGAGGAAGCCGUCGGAUUGCUCAUUACUGGAAAGACAAAGCUUCCACCGACAGCCGAAGUAAUCGACUUGAGCGGGACAAAUGAUGUUGUAGAAAGUAAGAGCGUCCCGGCCACUCCAUGUGAAAAGUAA